UUCCAGAUGCUACAAAUCCAACAACUGGAGAAAUAGGAGGACCAACUGGUCCUGAGCCUACUAGAUAUGGAGAUUGGGAAAGAAAAGGAAGAGUGUCUGAUUUUUGACAUUAACUGGACUGUCAUAUUAAAAAUCUCAAAUAAGUCAAAUAAUGAACAAGGAACCGUUAUCGGCAGACAAAUAUCUUUCAAAGCACGACCUAAAUGUGUAUUUCAAAGAUGCUGUUACUCAAAUGCUUCAAUAUAAAUCUGCCAACAUUAAAUUCAACCCAGCUUCUUUUCUGCAUGAUUACUUCUCUAGUAUCAAGCAAGGGACACACACAGUAUUUCGUGAAUAUUCUUUUAUCUCUGCUACAGCAAGAAACAGAAAGUCAUUUAUCUCAAAUUUCUGGAACACAUUUCAACAUUUCAGUGUUCAAGGUGAUUUACUGACCAUAAGAGACUAUCAUUCUUUAUUAUGUCUUCUCUGUCACGAUUUCGAAUUCAAGAUUCUACAAAGAGUUGUUCGAACGAUUCUCACAGACGAUGCUUCAGAUUGUUUGAUAACGUUCUCAGACUUUUUAUAUGCCUUCCAAUUACAUUUCUUCUAUGAUGAAUUUUGUCUUAAAUGCUUAGAAAUAUUUAGUAAUAUUCAAGAUCAUUCCUCCACAAAUAUCAGUACUGAUUUGGUUAAUACAAGUGAUGCUCAAAGAUCUAAUGGUAUCAGUUCGAAUCAUUUUCUGCAUUGCAUUGAAAGAGAGUGUUAUAGCAAGGAUAUAAGAAUUGCAGCACCCCCUCAAGAAGUGGUUCGAAUAGUACUCAGUAGUUCAGUAAAAAUUACUUUUUAUGGUUUUAUGAUGCUGUUGUCGAAGAAUGAGAUGCUAAAUCAAUCUGUUAAUGUGUUACCGGAAUUUCGACCUAGUUCUGGAAUGCACCAGACACUAAAGUAAACACUGUUUAUUAUGGUUUCAUGUCAAAUUUUUACAAGUUGUAUAUAUAUAUAUAUACUAAGUUAUUAUAAACGUGCUUGACCUUCAAACUCUUUUACGCGAAGUUAUUUUUAAACAAAAUAAUCACGUUAAAAUGACAGA